AUGGGAGAGUGGAAGAAUUUGAGAGUUCUGGGAAGAGGUUCAUAUGGAACGGUGUACCUUGCUAGUAUACAAAAUUUGAAGGUUGCUGUGAAGAGUUCAAGUAAUUUUUUUCUCUCAGUUGCCUCAUUGCAUAAAGAGAAAAAUAUCUUAGAGUUAUUCAAAGGGUGCAAGGAAAUCCUUCAGUAUUAUUUUUACAAACACACUGUGGAAGGAGGUUAUGUUAUCUCUAAUCUUUGUAUGGAAUAUGCUCCAUAUGGUUCCUUAGGUGAUCUGAUAAGGGAAGAAGGACCAUUGUCAGAGAAGGAAGUGAUAAGCUAUACCCACAUGCUUCUGAAGGGACUUUCCUGUAUUCAUAAAAAAGGAGUUGUUCAUUGUGACCUAAAACCAGACAACAUUCUUCUCUUUCCUUCAUCAGAUGGUCAUUCAAAGUAUCAGUUAAAGAUUGCUGAUUUUGGAUUGUCAAGGACAAGGGAAGAGGAAAAUAGUAACCUUGGGGAGAUCAAAUUUAGAGGGACACCUCUUUAUAUGUCUCCUGAGUCAAUCAUAGGUCUGGUUGAAUCAUCCUUGGAUAUAUGGUCUCUUGGAUGCAUUGUUAUUGAGAUGAUCACUGGUUUUCCUGCAUGGAGGAAUGUGCAAACCAAAGAAGAACUCAUGUGGAAGCUUGGAUACCUUCAAGAAGCACCAACUACACCCUAUGGACUUAGUUGGGAUUGUGCAAAUUUCCUGAGCAAGUGUUUUGUCAAAGAUUAUAGGUUGAGAUGGAGUGCUUCAAUGCUUCUUCACCAUCCUUUCAUUCAGAAACAGUAUCACACCUCUCCUCUGUAUAAUCCUUCAUCGUUCUUUUCCUAUGAUAUUGUUAGUUAUGUAUGA